AUGUCGAAACUUCAACCUCAAAAAAAAAUUCGACUUAAUUCCGGAGAGUCUGCUAGUCUGAUUCUUGCCGAUUCUGAAGAUAAAACUAAUGAUUAUCAAAAAAAUUUGUCCAAGGAUGAUAAAAUUUUCAUUAAAAAUGAAGAUAAAUUUGAAAAAUUUAAGACAAUUCGUGAGCAAGAAGUUGGCUUGACAGAAUAUGCUGAUGCAUCUAUACCUGGUUUUUCUGCAAUUGUCAAACAAAGGCAAAUCGAUAAAUCCGAAAAUAUUGUUCAUCUUACAAAUUUCGAUAUUCCUAAGAAAGUUAAUGAUUCUGAAGAAAAAAAAUCGACUGGAGAUGAAACAAAUAAAGAAAUAAUAGAACCAAAAUUGACGCAAGAUCAAAUUUUUCUUGAUAUGAAAUCUUUGCUUGACGAAGAGAUAGCUCAAAAAGUACAAAAGCUAUUAAUCUCCAAUGGAAAAGAUCCAUCAUUUGUUGAUGUAAAGCCCGAGGAUGAUAAAGUGAAACGAAAAGCUAUUCAUGAAUUCUUCAAGAACCAUUUUGGUGAUAAAUUAAAUACUGAAACUAAAGAAAAAGCCAUUCGGAUCAGUAUGCAUACAUUUAAAACUAAAAACGAUUCUCGCAAUAGAAAAAAAGAAGAUUGGGAAUCAUUGGGUGGACCCUAUUGUCAAUUUGUUUUAUACAAAGAAAAACGUGACACGAUGGAAGCCAUAAAUUUUUUAUGCAAGGCUUUAAAAGUUCAUUCUAAAGUACUUUCUUAUGCUGGAACUAAAGAUCAUCGGUCUGUUAGUGUUCAAAAAGUUACAGCUAACAAGAUGAAGGCUGAAAAAUUAGUAGAACUGAAUCCUCGUCUUCGAGACAUGAAAUUGGGUAAUUUUAUGUAUGUCAAGGAAGGAUUGAAGCUUGGAGACUUGAAGGGAAAUCAUUUCAUUAUUACACUUAGAGAUGUAAAAGUUGAUUCAGAAGCAACUAUUGUUCGAGCUAUGAAUGUUUUGAAAGACCGUGGAUUUAUCAAUUAUUUUGGUUUGCAGCGAUUUGGGACUUCGUCAAUUGCAACUUAUAAUAUUGGCCGCGCGUUGUUACAAAAUAAUUGGGAAGAAGCGGUUGAUUUAAUUUUAAAACCCAGACCAGGAGACCGUCCGGAUCAACAAAAAGCGAGACAAUGCUGGGAAGAAAAUCAUGAUGCGAAAAAGGCAUUGGAAUUAUUUCCAAAGAGAUGUAUCGCAGAAUGCAAUAUUUUGUCUUCAUUUAUAAAAAACGGACAUAAUAAAGAUUGUGCUGGGGCGUUUCUCACAUUACCCAGAAAUCUUCGACUCAUGUAUGUUCACGCAUACCAAUCUUAUAUCUGGAAUAAAAUGGUUUCCGAAAGGAUAAUCCAUUUUGGUUGUGAUAAGCCAGUUAUUGGAGAUUUAGUAGUUAUUGGUGAUUCCGAUCAAUCUGAUCAAUCUUAUUCAAUAGAGGCUGAAGACCUUGAUGAUGAUUCAAUUGAUGCAGAAGAUAAAAAGGAAAUUAAAGUAAAAAUCCUUAUUGAAGAAGAUUUGCCCAAUUAUACGAUUCAUGACGUAGUGUUACCUUUACCGGGCCAUUCUGUUAUUUAUCCAAAUAAUUAUAUAUUUCAAAAAUAUAGAGAAUUAAUGUGGAUAGAUCGUUUAGAUCCUCGCGCAAUGAAGAGAGAUAUAAAGGAUUUUUCAUUGCCUGGUGAUUAUCGUAAGAUAAUGGGAAAGCCUAAACAUGUGACAUGGAAAUUGUUCAGAUAUAAUGAUCCAAAUGUGCCUUUAUCUUUAACAGAUUUAGACAUUCUUCAAGGUAACUCAGAACCAGAAAGUAUUCCAGAUGGUGAAUAUUUGGCAUUACGCAUUCAUAUUUCAUUAUCAACGAGUCAAUAUGCUACAAUGGCUCUUAGAGAACUAUUGAAAAAUAGUGCGAGUGCAGAAUUUACUACUUCUUCAUCUUAA